GCAGCUUCAAACGACGGCCGUGAGACAUGGCUUCGAAGAGCCUAAGAGGUAAGCAGUCAGGGGAGGAACCGCUGCAGCAUCCCGAACCAGAACUGUCUCCGCGAGCCACGAGCCACGAGCCACGGGAAGGGGCCGAUUCAGGAUGCGAACCGGAUAGUAGAGCGAUGCUCCGAAAUACUUUGCAACCGGCGGAAACCGUACGGCGAGUUUAAGCUCAAACCCAGAGAGACGUUUGUGCUGUACCGUUUUCUUUCCCUCUUGCCCAAAGAGCAGUCGCCGCAGCCGCCAAAACAGCCCUCCGGGUCUAACCUACCUAUGCGCGGUCCUUUGCUUCCUCCGAUGGCGCACCAGAACCUGUCCCUUCUCGUGUAACACACACCUCGUGAGACAUGCUCAACGGGCGUAUCCAGAGGGCGGCCACACACGACCGUUGUUUGAGAGGAGUGAGGCGGGCCGGCGUUGGGGUUGAUGUCCAAAGUUGCGGAACCGCGGCCCAGCAAUUCGUCACGACGGACUCUUCGGUUCUUUCCGCUCCGCGCCUCCUCUGCCAAACACGUAACGCUCUUCGUAUCGCAUUCUCCACGCAUCGGGCGGCAGGCAGAGCCUGUUGGCGACCGAGCCAUCGAUAUUAUGCAGUGCAACCCCCGAGACGGUCGAUGGAGCGGCAGACGGAGAAGCAUGCCGAGCGAUGGAUCCCGAGAUCCUUCAUUCGCAACGGGCACUGUGCUUAUCCUGUGGGUCUCGGAAGCCCCCGAUCAGGAGCGGGCCCCCGGCAGCCCACGGGGAAGCGAGACACGGCUCCAUGGCGGACUGAAUCCCGUCCGACAGCCGAUGAGGAAGGUCUUCGUUCACACAAAUCUCGUCUGGGCUAGCGACUCUCGUUGGAGUGGAGGCCGCACCUUCAUCAUCGAUGUUGGGCCUUACGGUGCAGCGCAGGAUUUCUCGCUGGACAAACGUCCCAGGUUACUUCCUGGCGGAGAUCGCAGCCUGUUCCACGUGUGUUCGGAUGCCGCCUUGUCGGUCGGCACUCUGCUCGUUUCCCUUCACCUUUUCGAGACAAUGGAUGUCGCAGACGAGCCGGCAGCUGACCUGGAUGACUCGCCGUUGCUGCAGGACACGGCCAAUUCCCAACGGCACGGAGACGACAACGCAGCCGAGCCCACACAAGACCAAGCGCAAGAGGCGACGCCCCGGCCAAUGAUCGAGAUGCAGGACCCGCGAUCAGCGAGAUCCGUGGAUCCAAGAUGGCCCCCCGGCGGCCCUGCCGUGUUCGCCCCCCAGAUGCAGAUAAGCGCUAGCCCCCCUUCGGGAAUCCCUUCGCCGCCGUCCUUCCGAACUAGCGAGAAAAAACGCCUGAUGAGACACUCGUCGCUCGGCCCGGCAGCUACCGCCAGCAAAGCGCAAGGGGCAGGUGACGAGAUGGAGAACCGCACAGUUGUCUCGUAUGGUAUCGGUAUUACCGUAUGGUACCGUACGGAGACCCGGAGACGACUCCGGCCCUUGCAGCUGGUUCCGUUUCCCCAGAUUAGUGCCUGA